CCUUUGUGUGGUAAACACAGAUAGGUCGUAAAUGUCAUCUUUGAGUUUUGGACGCUAUCCCAAUUUCAAUUUUAUAAUCAAAUUAGAAAAAGUUAUCGUUCAGUAGUUAUUGAAAAUAAUAUAUGAUACCUGUUUUGUGAUAAUGCUUUGUGAGUUGGUCAUUUCAGAACAUUAACCAAGACAAACAUAAAGUUUUGGCUUACAAGAGGAAGUGGAAUCGUCCAUCUAAUCGUAAACAAAAUACACUUAUUUGUUAGUAAACAGUUCCUUUGAUUGCGAUUUAAAACAAAAAAAGAGAAAUUACUUUUAAUUGAGUGAAAGUGUUUGUGAUGUGCCGAAAUAUUUUAUCAACUACAGCAGCCAUCAAAAUUGGUUUAUUAUCGUCAGUUGGUUUAGUUCACUCAAAACGAAAAGGAAUACUUAUACAUCCUACAGUUAUGUUCAAGAACUAUCAAAGUUUUAUAAGACUUAACAAUUUACCGUUUUAAAUUUUUAUUGCUUAAGCCGCCUACAGUACAAAUAUAAAAUACUUCUAUUCAAACAAACAAAUAAACAAACAGUGAUGAAGCUUUUGGAGAGCAGUCGUUUUGAAGCUAUUAAUAAUGCUUUGUGCAUUGAGAAUGGAGAUAGCAAAAUAGUUGGACGUAUUGAAAGUUAUUCUUGUAAAAUGGCUGGAGGAGAGAAGGCCCUGUAUAAAAGAUUCAAUGCUGAUGGAAUUAAUCCAAAUGAUUUACAAGCAUUGUCACCUCCUCAAGGUUACAGUCAAAGUAUUUCAGGAGAUGAAGAUGGACCUCUUUGUGAUACUAUAAGCCGAAAAACUUUGUUUUAUUUGAUUGCUACAUUGAAUUCAUCUUUCCCAGAUUAUGAUUUUAUGGAUGUCAAAAGUCAUGAAUUCAGCAAAGAACCCUCUUUACAAUGGGUAAUGAAUGCCAUUGACACCAAUUUAUGUGCUACUGCUGGAGAAAUAUAUCGAUCUCUUAAACAGCAGCUAUGGGCUGCAUUAGAAGAUGAAAUAGUAACUAAAGAGUGUGACAUCUAUUCAUACAAUCCUGAUCUGGACUCUGAUCCUUUUGGAGAAGAUGGUUGUUUGUGGAGCUUUAAUUAUUUUUUCUACAACAAAAAACUCAAAAGGAUUGUCUUUUUUACCUGUCGAGCUAUUAAUCCACUGUAUGCCACUGAUUCAGGAGUGGGAAGUGACUUUACAAUGGAUGAUGAUGAUUUUGACUAAAUGGCAAUACAUAAACUCAUUUACUCUUUUAUUCAUUGCAAACAAAUAUCUAUAAUAACACCAGCACAAUUUAAAGGACAGUUGCAUACUUAUUUAGUUUCCUCAUUAGUUAUUUUUCCUUUUAAUAAACAUAUCUUAAUAUAAUAAUACCUUGGGUGAUAUUAAUAUUCUGUUGUGUAAUGAAGUUUAUAAAAAGUGUGUAAAAAGAGUUGAUAAUUUCAACAUAGUAUUUUUAGUUUAACGUUUUAAUCACUUUUAAAUGUGUAAGAUACAUUGACAUAAGUAAUUGUUGUUAAUACACAUUCAAUUAAUACAUAAACACUUAAAAAGUCAAUGUGCAGAUAAGUACUGCAGGGUCUGACUUAAAAAAUAAUAAGCAAACAAUAAAUUGUACUUAUUCUUUUCUUUAUUAAAAUUGUCAAUUUAGAAAAAUAUGAUCAAAACGGUUUUAUUAAUUACUUUAGUCAGUUGCACUCUUAAAAAUGUCAUUAUCUAAUAAUGAUAAGUAUAAUGUUAAUGUUAUAAAAGUAGAGUAAAAGAAAAUAACUUUAGUCAGUCACUUUUGGUGAGAGCAAAAGUACAAAAAAUGUAUUCGUAUGUGUAUAUAUAAAUAUAGGAAUAGAUUAAGGUGAAUAAUGUCCCCGUGGUUUUUAAUAUAUUUUCUUGUAGUCAGGAAUGUUUGUGUACGAUCUGUAUGAAAAAACUUUAAUGUAUCUCAUCAGAAAUUUGUAUUCAUAAUUAAAUUUUUAAGGUCUUAUUAAUCGUCAACUUCUAAUUUCGUGUUAAACUAAUAAAUAAGAUUUAAAA